AUGACAAGAACCACAUCGUAUGCAGUCACCAAUACCCAAGAGAAGACUCCAGGACCCAAGGUAGCUGAUUUGCAGUACAAGUGUGUGGACUGUCAAGGAAAUCAUGCUUUACACAACUGUGUCGAGUUUAAAGGGAGAAGUGUUAAUGAUCGCGCCGAAAUGAAAUAUCCUCAUUUGGGUGAUUUGGAAUUUCCUGUGCUAGGAUCUGGUGAGGUUGAUUUAUUGAUUGGUGCUGAAGUGUUAGCCAAUCAUCCCAUUUCUGAAAUUAGGCUUUGUGAUCAAAAGGAAAAUUUUCCCGCUGCUCACAGGACAGUAUUUGGUUGGGCUCUUUUCGGUCCUGACAGAACUAUGUCUCUUAGCAGUUGUGAAAGUGUAAGUGAUGUUUCAUGUCCUCGUCUAAAUACUGUGUGUGCAUGUGAUACUGAUCAAUUUUUGUGCAAAAUUUGUGGUCAUGAUUUUAUAGAUUUAGAUUGUGAUCCCUUCACCACUGAACAUUCCCUAGAUGAUAAGAAAGCUCUUGUAGUGAUGAAUGACACUGCAGUAAAGGUAAAUGGGAGGUACCAAGUUGCUCUUCCAUGGAAAGAUAAAAAUAUUAAACUUCCAAACAAUCGUCAAAUGGCAGUGAAAAGAUUAGAGUCCCAAAAACGAAAAUUUAUUAGGGACCCUGAUUUAUUUUUUAAAUACAAGUCCAAAAUUAAUGAUUACUUAGACAAGGGGUAUGCGGAAAUAGUGCCUGAGGGUGAUCCUGGGUCUCUGGGUAGGACUUGGUAUAUGCCACACCACUCUACUGGGGCCAAGUUCCGGGUUGUUUUCGAUUGCAGUGCGGAGUGCGGCGGCACUUCACUUAACAAGAAUUUACUUUCAGGUCCAGACCUAAAUACGAAUUUGGUGAGUAUUCUACUGCGGUUUCGCGAGGAAGCGGUUGCCUUUAUUUGUGAUGUGCGCGAAAUGUAUCUACGUGUUAUUCUGGACAGUCGAGAUCGUGAUGCGAUGCGUUUUCUGUGGUAUCCGAAUGACGACUUGGGAAAGAAACCUAUUGAUCUGCGAAUGUGUUCGCAUGUUUUUGGCGCGACGUCGAGUCCUUCGAUUGCGUCAUUUGUGUUGAAACGUGUCGCUGAUGACAAUCUAACGAAUGCUGAUCUGGAAACGAUACAGACAGUGCAACGCAGUUUUUUCGUUGAUGAUGGUGUGAAGUCGAAACGUACCGUCGAUGAAACACUUCAAUUGAUAAAUCAGCUGAUCGAAUUACUCGCAUCGGGUGGGUUCUGUCUUACAAAGUUUGCUUGUAAUAAAAUUGAAGUAAUGGAAGCGAUUCCCGAGGCGGAUCGCUCUACCGCAACGAAAGCGCUUGACUUUAGUACAGAGUUGACUGAACGUACGCUGGGAAUUUAUUGGAACAUGGUGCACGAUGUCUUCAAGGUUCGGGUGGAAAUUGAGUUUCGACCCUCAACGCGCCGUGGCAUGCUCAGCAUGCUUGGCCAGGUAUAUGAUCCAUUGGGGUUUAUUCAACCGUUUUUGAUUCCCGCAAAGCGCAUUUUGCAGGAUUUGUGUUUUUUGGGUUACUCGUGGGAUGAUCCUGUCGAGGGAGACUUGUAUGAUGGUUGGGAGAAAUGGAUCAGCACCUUGCCUAGUUUGAGGGAGUUGACUAUACAACGUUGCUACAAACCGGAAGGAUUUGAGGCGGCGAAUGUGCAGCUUCACUGUUUUUGCGACGCAAGUAGAGUGGGCUACGGCGCAGUAGUGUACCUUAGGUUGGAGAACGAAUCCGGCGAGGUUCACUGUGCAUUUGUAAAGGGUACUGCGCGUGUUACCCCCAAGAAGCUAGUGACAAUUCCACGACUAGAAUUGACUGCGGCAGUCGUUGCUACAGAACUUGCUCAUUCUGUCACAAAUGCACUAGACUAUGAGAUACACGAAACUUGUUAUUGGACAGACUCGAUGACUGUGUUGCAGAUGUUGAAUAGUAGAUCACAGCGCUUUAAGACUUUUGUAGCCAAUCGGGUUAAUAUUAUUCAAUCAAUCUCUGAUGUGUCGCAGUGGUCUCAUGUUCCAACAAAUGAAAAUCCAGCAGACAUCGCUUCUCGUGGCCUUAUGCCAGAUAAGCUGGAUAAGGCAAAAUUAUGGUUUCAAGGUCCGAGUUUUUUGUGGCAACAAAGUGUUUCAUGGCCUGGCACUUCAUCAGUGUCAGAUACCAUACCAACUAAUUCCGAUUUACAUUGUGAAAUUAAGGUGAAUCUUGUUGAAGUUCAAAAGAGAUCCCAGUAUUUUCCUGAGUUAAUAAAUCGCUAUUCAACGUGGGAAAAAUUGUCGAGAACAAUUGCAUGGAUGUUGCGUUUUAAGUUUUUUAUUUUGUGGAAAACCUGUCGAUCAAAUGACUCUCCAAUGACUGGAGAUUUAACUGUUACGGAACUUAGUGUAGCAACUAUUCAGAUCUGCAAGUUGGCCCAAAUUGAAUCGUUUUCUCCAGAGCUCGAAUAUUUCAGUGAGCGUGUACAUGACGGACCAGACUACUUGAGCAGUGGUUGUAAGUUGCCUACAUCACCACAUUCUAAGGCUCUCAUUAAACUUAGCCCAUUUUUAGACAAUGAUAUUUUGCGGGUGGGUGGCCGUCUUCGACACUCACAUUUAUCACCGGAGCAGAAGCAUCCAAUAAUAUUACCACCUCAUCAUCAUGUAACAAAAUUGAUAAUAGAGUAUUAUCAUCGGCAAAAUGGUCAUUCUGGUACAUUGCACACUCUUUCCUCUGUGCGGGAAAAAUUUUGGAUUCUUUGUGGACAGGCGGAAGUUCGUAAGGUGCUGAAUGCUUGUAAAUUGUGCAAGUUGAGGGCGAGUAGACCUGGUUCACAGUGGAUGGCUCCUCUGCCAGAGUCGCGUGUUCUGGGUGGUCGCACUCCUUUCUAUCACACUGCUGUAGAUUACUUUGGCCCAUUGAAAGUCAAAUUGGGACGUAAGGAAUACAAGCGGUAUGGAUGCAUAUUCACCUGUUCAGUCACUAGGGCUGUUCAUAUUGAGGUCUCGGAAUCACUUGAUGCAUCUGCAUUUUUGCAGGCCUUUUUUCGAUUUUGUGAUAGGCGUUCUAAACCAUCCCAUGUAAUUUCAGAUAAUGGCACAAACUUUGUGGCUGGUGAGAGACUUCUUGCUGAGGGGAUUUAUAAGUGGAAUCAGAGUCAAAUUGCAAAUUCUCUGUCACAACAUGGAAUUCAGUGGGAUUUUCAACCGCCUUUAGCACCUCACCAGAAUGGCUUGGUUGAGAUAAUGGUCCGGGAGGCAAAAAGAGUUCUUUAUGCGAUUUGUGCUAAAUCACGAACAUUUACUGAUUUUUCGCUCAUCUCCAUGCUGACUGGGGUAGAAAGAAUUCUGAAUGAUCGCCCAUUGACACCUAUUAGUGAUGAUGCAAGGGAUUUGGAGGUUCUGACACCAAAUUCCAUUUUGACUGGAAAUCUUGAUCCCUCUAUUGCUCCCGAUAAGUUUACGCGCGGUGACGAGUUUCGCGAAAAUUGGAGACAUGUCCAGCUCAGUCUUGAUCGAUUCUGGAAUCGGUGGACAAAGGAGUAUUUACCGCUAUUGCAAAAGAGACAGAAAUGGCUCUUUCCUGAGAGAAAUUUGAAAGUGGGUGACAUUGUGCUUCUGUAUGGCGACGAUACUCCGCGCGGCGUUUGGCCCAAGGGUAGAGUGAUUGAGGUAUUUCCCGAUAAGGAUGGGAUGGUUAGGAGGGUUAAGGUUCAUACUAGGAAUUCUGAUCUAGUUCGUGAUGUUAGGAAACUCUGCCUACUUGAAGCUGCUUAA